ACGUGUACUCACAUAAUAUAAGCUAGGUUCGAUUCCCGGAGAGACAGAAGUGAUCUUCUCCUAGAACCAGAAACACCUAAGUUCCACUGAAGGUGAAACAUGAAGAUUUUGGUUCUAACGGCGUUUAUCGCCGCCAUCGCACUAGGCGACCCCAAGGCAGACGUCAACCAGAGCCAAUGGCCAUGGCAGGUCGGCAAGCUAUACCGAUACGAGGUCGUCUCCACUAACCUGGCCCGACUCCAGGAGGGCCAGAGCUCCGGGAGCGUCUUUCGAGCUCGCUUCCUCAUCCGCACCGUGGCUCCCGGCAUCCUCCAGGCCAAACUGGAAGACCCACAACAUGCAAUACUCCACCAAGACAUCCUCAACAUCCGAGAACUCCCUCAAGAUCUCAAAUACAAACCAGUUCCCAAACUGGACGAACUUUUUGAGAUCACCGUUCAAGGAGGACGCAUUCUCUCCCUAACUCUGCCUUCAGCCUUCACUGUCCCUCAAGAGAACUUGCUCAAAGGUCUAAUUGGUACUCUGCAAGUAGAUUUAUCUACUUACCGCGUCAUGCACAAUGUACACGACCAAUAUGACAAGGACACGUACCAAGGCCAAUUUAGCAAGAUGGAAACUGACGUCACAGGUGACUGCAAGACUCUGUACACAAUUUCACCAGUUUCUUCGGAAUGGCGACGUGAACUGACACAUUUACAGCCUACCAGCGAUCCCAUUGAGAUUACCAAGAGCAAGAACUAUGGUCACUGCCACCACAGAGUUGCGUAUCACUUCGGAGUGCCCAAAGGUUCCGAAUGGACCGGCACAGCCCAUAAAUCGAACGAGGAACAGCUUGUGAGACGCUCGACUGUAUCACGUAUUUUGGCUGCCAAGCAGGGACCCAUUUACAAAGCGGAAACCACCAGCACUGUCCAGGUAAACCCGCUUUUAUUCGGCAAACAAAAGGGUGAAGUACUCAGCUACAUACAAAUGAACCUGGUUGCAUUCGAAAAAGACAAUGAAUCUGUAAAUUUGAACUGGCCAAAGACAGGUCGUCGCGCUGUGCGUAACCUGUUGUACUCCGUGGGCAGUAAACCCAUUGCCAUUCACGAUAGCUCUUCAUCGUCUUCGUCAUCAGAGUCCGAUGAACACGAGUAUGCUGAAAUAAAUGCCGUUAACCCUAGGGUACGUCGUUCACUCCAAAAAAUCGUGGAUGUAAAACGAAGUGAUGAAGACUCCAGUUCGUCCAGCUCUUCCAGCGAAUCCUCGGACCGAUAUGUCAACGACGACCUGCCCACUAACAACGAGCCAGCAUAUGCUGCUCUUUACAUGAGCCCACAGCCGCGCGCUGAUAAAAAACAGAACCCAAUGAAUGUUCAGAAACUUGUUCAAGAUAUCGCUCAACAACUGCAAAACCCUAGCAACAUGCCGAAGAACGAUUUCCUCGCCAAAUUCAGCAUCUUGGUCCGCAUCCUUGCAUCCAUGAGCUUCGAGCAAUUGAGCCAAACCAGCCGCGGUAUGGAAAUUGCCAAGACUGCAAACAACAUCGUCAAGUCAGACAUGUGGAUGGUUUACCGCGACGCUAUUGCCCAAACUGGUACUCUCCCCGCUUUCCAAGAAAUCAGGAACUGGGUCCAAACCAAUAAGAUCCAAGACGAGGAAGCAGCUCAGGUCAUCGCUAGCCUUGGUGGUUCUCUACGCUACCCCACGAAAGAGAUUAUGGUUCAGUUCUUCAACCUGGCAAUGAGCGACAAUGUGAGACAGCAACCGUACCUAAACAGCACUGCUCUGCUUACCGCCACCAGAUUCAUCAACCAGGGCCAAGUCAACAACGAAACAGCGCACCAUUUCUACCCCACGCAUAUGUAUGGCCGUCUCGCCCGCAAGCAUGAUCCGUUCGUGUACCGGGAAAUUCUGCCUCGUCUGUCUCAGGAGUUGAGGCAAGCUGUCCAACAAGGCGACAGCGUGAAGGCUCAAGUGUUCAUCAGAGCCAUUGGGAACUUGGGACACCGUCAAAUCCUGCAGGAGUUCACUCCUUACUUGGAAGGUCAAGUGCCAGUGACCACAUAUCUGCGCCGUGAAAUGAUCAACUGUUUGGACGUCCUAGCUCAUCAACAUGACAAGUUGGUUCGUACUGUGCUUUUCAAGAUCUUGAAGAACACGGCUGAGCCGUACGAAGUGAGGGUUGCAGCUAUCCAUAACAUCCUGAUGGCGCGCCCGACUCCGGCUAUGAUGAUGGUCAUGGCUCAGAUGACUCACACUGACCCCGCCAUCCACGUGCGCGCGGCUCUGAGGUCUAGCAUCGUAUAUGCAGCUCAACUGAAGAACCCUCGCUACAUGGACCUAGCAAGGACGGCACUUGCUGUUAAAUGGAUGCUGUCUAAAGAAGAUUUAGGAGUGCAAUAUUCCGGCAAGAUCCUCCAAGACUCCUUCAGUGAUGAAUACGAACUGGGCAUCAUGAGUGCUUUAACCUACACUGGCAGUCGGGACAGCCUAUUCCCUAACUUCUUGAAGUAUUCCCUAAGGAGCAAAGCAUGGAACAACGCCAACACCAUCUCAGCGUCUUUCUCGAACGUACGCCAGUUCAGUAAUUAUAUUGAAGAGCAAAUUAGAAAGAUAUACAAGCCUAGCUUAAAAUCAGAACCAAACCAGCGUUUCUCACCAGAAAAGAUCGCUGAAGAACUAAACAUCAAGCGCGACGAUCAACAGCCUUUCGCAGCAUCUUUCUACGUCGAUAUUCUAAACCAGCAAAGAUAUUUCAGCUUCAAUGAUUACGAUCUUCAGGAACUUCCUAGAACCAUUGCCCAAUACUUUUCCAAACUCGGUGCUGGUAUCGAUAAGCACUACACGAAGGUUCUUAAUCAAGCUCAGGUUUCUAUUAUGUUCCCUGUAGCUACUGGUAUGCCUUUCAUUUACAAGUACAAAGAGCCUACAGUUAUUCAUAUGCAAGGUAAAGUUCAAGGACAAGUUCAAAAUGAGAAGAAGCUGGAUGCGUCAGCUACAUUAUCCAAAGAAAUCUCCUUCACUUAUGCUAGAAAUCUUGAUGGAAGCCUCGGAUACAUGGACACUCUUGUGAACCAGUACAUCAGUGCUGGGGUCGUCAACAAACUACAAGUUAAUGUUCCUGUAAAACUGGAAUUGCAAAUGAAAUCUGGUCAACUUAAGAUAACUUUGGACCCUCUGCAUCCCGAACAAGACCAAACUAUCUUGCAUUACAGCGUGUGGCCUUACACUGCAGUUCAGAUGAAAGACUCUCUAGUAACCAUUUCACAAGACCCUAAUACGAAACUUAUCACUCGUCCUCACAAAGAGUCGGUGAUUGACACCAAGUUUGGCAAGACUUUAGGCAUCGUUUUCCAAUUCCAAGGUUACUCUUACUCGUCAGAUUACAAAAAUGUCGGAAACUUGUUCAACUCUGCUGAUUGGCUUUCGAAUAUUGCCUUUGCAUCAAAACAGAAGGACAUAGCCCUAACUCAUUACAACUUGAGAUAUCUUGCUAAACAGAGUCAAAACAAACGAAUUUCUCUAACUGCUGUUUAUGAUGGUUAUUACAACUUGAAAGAAAAGGCGCAAGAAGAUUCCACCCCAGCUAAGAUCGAGGAUGCUACCCCCAAUAGCGAGGCUCGUCGCCAACAACUUGUGAAACGCGUAUCAUCUGGCAUCAAUACUGCUAAAGCUCAAGUUCUUGACGUCAGUGCAUCUUUUGAAGGUCUUCAGCCGUCAAACUACGUUUUUACUUACGCUAUGGCUAGCAGCUUGGUGGACACUAAAAUACAAUACGCUUUUUAUGCUGUUAGAAACUCACCACAGGAACCAGCCAACAACCAGAUCAAUGGGUUCGGAAAAGUUGUUAAGCCUGAAAUAUGGACCAUGAACUUAUUGGAAGCUCUUAACAAGGAAAUGAAAACUAUGUUCGAGGCUAAUAUCAACUAUGGUCAAAAUGGCAAUGGACAUAUCAACGUCCAGGGUCACACCGAACGUACAAAGGAAUACGUAGAACAAAUAAGGAAGCAUCCACUAACCAAAAUGUGCGAGGAGGAGAUGACCCAUAACAACUUGUACCUAGAUUCUUGUAUGAGAGCUGUAGUUAUAGCUCAUGCUCCUAAUUACAUCAAAACAUCAGUUUCUUAUAAUGACCUCAGCCCUGCCGUGAGGAGCAUGUUCUACCAGGCAUACAAAAUACUUGAACACUUUGGUUACUGGUAUACUGACGUUAACCCCAUGAAGGUGACUGCUGAUGGAAAACUUGAACUGGAAACUAAGAUCUCAUACUUUGAGAAUAAACUUAAUUUGGCUCUGAAUACCAGAUUAGGUGAAGUUCGCGCCAAGAAUGUGCCUAUUCCAAGGAUGUCUGCUGGAGCUUUGGCUAUUUACACACCUUUUAGAACAAACGAAAUUGUCAAAAAUUAUUAUACUAGGCAGCAAUAUCAACCAUUCUGCACGAUUGACUACAACGCAGUGAGGACAUUCAGUAACCGUAAAUACCAGUACACUCUGAGCCCAUCAUGGCACGUGGCGAUGCAUCACGAUGGCAGCAGAGUCAACGACAAACUGACGGUACUCACCAGAAGGCCCAGCGUAAUGCAGCAAGAGUUAUAUAUUGCAUACAAGGCCAAUAAUGGUAUGCAUUUGGAGAUGGAAGUUCAAGCAGUUCCCGAAGGAAGUCAGAAAUAUAGAGUGAACGUAAACACCAACGCCAAGAAAAUAUCCGAGGGCGCGCUCACUAUCUACUACGAUGAGUUGGAACAGAUUCCUCUGGUUCAAUACUACACUGGCGCGGAUGGAGUACUCCAGGUAUUUAUGAAGGAAGAUCGUCUCCGUGCUAUGUUUGAUGGCCAACGCCUGGUUCUGCUCUCCAGUGAAGAACGCAAUAACAAUAGGGGCAUUUGCGGAUACAUGUCUGGUUCCCCAAGAUACGAUUAUCUCACUCCUUACGGAGUAGUUGAUGAACCCCAGCAGUACGCUGCUUCUUACACUCUUAAAGAUCAAAGUGACCCAAAGACGGAGCAAUUCAAAGUAGAGGCCCAGAAACAGGCUUACCAAUUAAAAAAUAAAUAUACAGUCAUUCUCCGAACAGACGAUGAAUGGAGUGACAUGAUGCACAGUCACUCUUCUUCGUCAUCGUCUAAGGACAGUACCCAUUUCAAGAAUGUAUAUAGAUCAAGGAGUUACUUAAAGGAGGACAACGAAUGCCAGGUACAGCAGCAAGUGCAGUAUUAUGAGAAUCAUGGUGAAAUUUGCAUAAGUAAUGCCCCUGUACCCGCUUGCCAGUCUCACUGCCGUGGUACUGAAUAUAAAGUCCAGUAUGUGCAGGUUAUUUGCCGACCUAAGAUCGACCAGCUAUACAUCUCCUAUAGGGACAUGAUCCGCCAAGGAGGAAACCCGAAGGUUGAUGGUGAAACUCAGAUUAAACACUACAGAGUACCAACCUCCUGCGUAGCUUAAAUUUUAUCCAAACAAACGGCUCAAAACAAUGGUAAAAUGAUUGUAAUUAUUUGUAUCUGUCAAUAUUUAUGUAUGUAUUUUAAAACUUUUGGCAGUAUAUUUUAUUAUUAUAUGUAAUUGAAAUUCAUAACUAUUUGUGUAAAUAUGUGUAUGUAUUAUUUUUCAUUUCUUAUAUAUACAGUAUAAGUAUUAUUAUAAAUGUAGAAUAGUUAUUUAUAAUGAGCAGAGAAAAAAAUAAUAAAAAAAUAUAUCUACUGAUUGAAAUAAUAAA